GAGACUGAGUGAAUAAGUCCCAUUAAUGCCUUCAGUACCUACUUCCUGUGCAGCGUUUCCUGCUGCCAGAUCAGUGGAUCAUUAGAACCGAUCACUCUGACCUUUGAGGACAAUGGAGCUCAACGCUGCUGCACUGAGGAGCGGAGUUGUUAUGGCUUAGUCUGAGCCCUGAGACUGUGAGUGAGAGAGAGAGAGAGAGAGAGUGUGUGAGAGAGAGAGAGAGAGAGGGGAAGGAAAAAAAGGGGAGAGUUGUAUAAUCUGUUCAUUUUAAAUCUGCUGUCACCCUCCACCCAAACCGUCACACCUCCGUGUGUUAGGGAAGAGAGAGAGAGAGAGAGAGAGAGAGAGAGAGAACCCUUCCCAAAAAUCACGGGGAGUGACUGUGACAGGAGUAAGGAGAGAGAGAGAGAGAGAGAGAGAGGGAGUGAGUGCGUCAGAACUCUCUCCAAACUUUAUCGCGCGUCUUGAAGGACUGCUCGGACCCUCAGAGUGGACUGGACUGGACUGGACUGAAACUGUGUAGCUGUGGUCAGCGGUUCCAGUUCGGACUUCCUUGGAUCAUAAUGCAGUCGGAUUUCAUUUUCAGGCUCUGUGUGCUGUGGGGCUUUCUGGAGGUCGUGACCUCUGGGACCAAGGCUGCCAAACGGAAGGGUGCAGGCCGACAGCCCAGGCAGGUGUUGGAGGUGGAGCCUGUCGAGGGGGUGUGGUCAGUGUGGGGCGAUUGGUCAGAAUGCUCUCAGACCUGCGGUGUUGGAAUCUCCCAGAGGAGCAGGAAGUGUUCACCUCCUCCCCAGACUCCUACGUUCUCCCAUUCUCCUCCUAACUGGGCCGGAUAUCUGCCCAGCGGCAUCAGAGAUCCAGUGAUGUCACCGGUUUACCCCUUCUUCUCCCAGCAUCAGCCCGGACAGCACCAGCGUUAUCAUUCCCCACCAGUCUCCCCCAACCACAACCCAGGAAUACCGCUGUAUCGGAAUAACCCAACAGGAGGUCGAGGACCUCCGGUUCACGGACAAGGAGAUCCACCUCCUCCUUUUUACCAACGGGAGUUCUCCGCCCCCAAUCAGGUGUCUGUCUACCGGUCACCCUAUCAGCCUCCAGCUCACACCUACAACCAACCUUCACGGAUCGCCAGGAGACCAGCCAAUCCUGGGGCAGUGCGGGCUGCAGGAAGUGGAAGCAGAAGGUCCGUCCCCAACAGUCAGGAGGGGUCAGCAGUGAGAAGGCCGUCUGCCAUCCGCCCAGGGCAGUAUGGGUACGGCAGGGUGCCCUUUUCUUUGCCCCUGCACCGUCAGAACAGACAAGCUCGCCACACUGAGAACGGGACGGAUGCUGUCGUUGAUGAAGAUGAAGCAGAGAACAGACGAGAUGAAGAAGUGGUGAACGACAGUACAGAACGGCCGCCUCAGAGGAGAGCACAGGAGGAGGAGGAGGAGGAGGAGGCGGUGGAUCAGGAGAGCACAGAGUCACCUCCUGCUGAGGAGGUGCCCCCAACACCUGGAAGACCUCAGCAGCGCGUGGACCGGCCCUCACCCGCCCGUACGGAUCACGUUAGGGCGAGGGAGCAGCUUCCAUCCUUCCGAUACUCUUCACGCCCUUCGUCACCAUCUGUUUCCAACCGCCAGCGCUUCAACUGGCACUCUGUCACCGCUCCACCUCCUCCCAUUUCUCCCCUCUCGCGCCCAAACUCUCCAGCCAUCUCCUCGCCUUUUGCCACUUCGCUCCACCGCCCCAGCCCGGUGCACAGGGACAGAGAACCUCACCCAGGUUUUAGCCCACAGGUGCCACCUGCAGGAAGCAUUUACCCACUGCGGCACCCCCGCAUCCCACACCUGGGGGUGGAUUUAGGCGGGGGCAGAGGAGCAGGACCAGAAGCGGGAGCUCCUCAGGUCUUCAAGUGUUCUGGUCCGGAGAAAGAGUACCGCAGGUGCUUCUCACAGGUGUGUCCCGGAGCAGCCGACUCCAGAGCGGAGCAGUGUGCAGCGUUCAACAACCAGGAGUUCAUGGGUCGACUCUACAACUGGGAACCUUUCACUGAAGUCGGUGCUGACAAACAGUGCGAGCUGACCUGCAGACCCGCCAGCUACCGCUUCUACGUGCAGCAGGCCGAGCGCGUCAGAGACGGGACUCCCUGCUUCAAUGUCAGCGCCAACGACGUGUGCGUGGAAGGCCGAUGUCUGACCGAGGGCUGUGAUGGAAUACUGGACUCCGGCACUGUGACGGAUAGGUGUGGAGUGUGUGGUGGGAGGGAGAGCUCCUGUAGGAGAGUGACAGGAAGCUUCCAGAAUGUCACGGUUCCCCUGGGUUACCAUAAGAUCCUGGACAUCCCUGCUGGAGCGACCUUUAUCAACAUCACAGAGAGGAGAGCGAGUCCCAACUACCUCGCCAUGAGGAGUGGCACGGGGGCGUCGGUGGUGAAUGGACGCUGGGCCGUGGAUCCUCCAGGCCAGUACCAGGCGGGGGGCACGACCUUCACCUACGCCCGCCCUAGGGCGAAGGUGGAUGCCGACGGUGAGAAGGGAGAGACCCUGACCGCCCCGGGGCCGACCACCACCCAGCUGCAGCUGUAUAUCAUUUUUCACAGGGAGAACCCCGGCAUCGACUACGAGUUUUACGUCCCUGUGGAGAAGAAGGAAGAACGGAGGGACAGGGUGACGGAGCAGGUGGUGGAGAGAGAGAGUCAGAGGGAAACAGUGAGAGACAGACACAGAGAGAGAGAGCCGGGACGAGCUCCACUCCGCAGUCCGAUCAUCGUGUCAGUAGAAGAUCCUCUUCCUGCUCCUCCUCCUGUUUCUGUCCCUUCUUUAUCCUCCUCCUCCUCUUCCUCCUCCAUGUUCCCUCCCCCGUCCCCGGACCGCUGGACACCUGACAGGGUCCGCCCUCAGGGAUCUGCCCCCAACAGAAAUGCCCGGAUCCCCCCUCGCACCGACCUGCCCCUGGACACCCUGCCCCCGUUUGUGUGGAGGAGAGGCGGACUCACAGAGUGCUCUGUCUCCUGCGGUAAAGGUUCCCAGUCCAGAGUGAUUCUCUGUGUAAACCGUCACACAAAUGAGGAAGUUCCAGACAGGAAGUGUGAUUCUGCAGCCAGACCUGUGGCGGAGGAGGAGCCGUGUAACACAGAGCCCUGCCCACCAUUGUGAGAAAACACACGACCACGGUUCUGGGAUCUGCAAAAUUUAAAUAUACUUAAUGGGUUACAGCAGAGGCAGCUCCAGUGCAGACAGACCUUCGGGAACCGCUCCACCAUGGUCCACCCUCAGCGCUGCGCCUUCCUCACCCCGCCUGAGUCCACGCAGCCCUGCCAGCUCCGCCUCUGCUCCCACUGGGAGGUCAGCUCGGACUGGAGCACGUGCUCAGUGGACUGUGGAGUGGGACGCAGAACGAGAAGCGUGCGCUGUGUUACCGAUCAAGGCAGCGUGGUGAACGACGUGGAGUGCAGUUCCAGGCUGCGGCCACAGGGGAGUGAGGAGUGCAACAUGGGGCCGUGUGUCACCAACUGGUACUUCACUGGCUGGUCCAACACUUGUUCGGCUCAGUGUGGCCCCGGGGUCCAGAGGAGGGAGGUGGUGUGUCUGACCAGAGGAGGGGUCAGAGAAGGAGCAGGAGGGGGCGACUGUGUGGGAGACAAACCAGCAGAGAUGAAGGCCUGUAACGGAGGCCCCUGUGUGUCAACGGUGACCUGGUACUCCAGCCCCUGGACUCAGUGUAACGUCCUGUGCGGCAGUGGUUCUCAGCGACGGGACAUCAUUUGUGUCCAGAAGACGGAGAACGAUUUCACUGUUGUCCCGGCCGCUGAGUGUGCUCAUCUGGACAAACCUGCCGCCGUCCAGGAGUGUCACAUGGGGGCGUCUCCAGACGCUUUUUUUCAUAUAUAUUUUUUUAAACUUUUUCACGUGUGUUUUCAGUGCUCACGUUCCUGCGGUAAAGGACUUCAGAUGAGAGAAGUUCGAUGCCUCACCCCAGACAGAGGCCACAGCCAGGAGUGUGACCUCGACACCAAACCUGAACAGGAGCAAAUAUGUAACAUCGUACCCUGCAGUCCACAGGUCCCAGACAAAAACUGCAGAGACAAACAUCACAACUGUGUGAUGGUGGUGCAGGCCCGGCUCUGCGUCUACUCCUACUACAAGUCGGUCUGCUGCGCCUCCUGUACCCAGAGUGCCCAGCGCGCCAAGAGACAAUAAGACGGACAGAGUGUGCAGUAAAUGGAGGUUUAAGUCGAUAGGGGCUGAUCAACCCAUAUAUGAUGUGGGGGGGGUCAGACAUGUGAAGGCUUCAGAUCACCUGUAUUUUUUUUACCUUCUUUUCCUGAGUCUUCAGGUAAAAAACACUGUGAAGGCAGCGGUUCCUUGUGCCAUUACUUCACUCUGCAGUUCGUCGUCGUCGUCGUCGUCGUCGUCGUCGUCGUCGUCUCCUCGAACCACAUGUUCCACUGAGCUCGUUUGCGUUCACUCUGUGCAUUAGCCGUGACAGCUUUACCACGUGUCCCACUGUGCUCAACGCUGCGUGUGCUUUUAAAGGCUCGUUUUUUUACGACGGAGAAUUGUUAAUGGAAGGAUCUCCCCCGCGGAUUCAGCUGUUUUUCUUGACCAUUUUUUAAAACGUUUUAUUAGACAUGCGUACCACUAAUGACGUGUUGAACAGUUGACUGCCGUGCCUGUUAGAGAAAGUGUGUAUUCCGUAGUACCGCAGUACUGUACGCCUGUCCGAGAUCUACUGGAAUAGAUCCACCGUGUUCCUCUUCGCUGCUUUUCUCCACAACCUUCAGAGCUUCAGUGGAAAAACCUCUGUAUCGAUCUAGAAGGAUUUCUUUUAUAUAUAUAUAUAUAUAUAAAUAUAUAAAUAUAUAGUAUAUAUUUUUGCCAAAAAAAAAUGUCUUCUUCACAACGUGUCGUGUUGUUGAAUGUUCAUGAAAGUUUUUGUACAUGUGAACCAAAAGAAACCGAGAAACGGAGGCAGAAAGUGACCAAAUAAAACGUACCACGGCAGUGAGUCGGUGCUGAGGGUCCGACAGAACGAAGUUGUUAGAAAUGAGGACGAUGAUACACAACUUUGGAAAAGACUCAGUAGUACACACUGGAGAGGAGUACACACAGGUCUGCACCAGUGAAAACCAGUGAUUAAGUAUGAGUACAGUACCAGUAUUUUCUAAGUGUACCCACUGAUACCAAGUACAGUCUCCAAUACUUCUUAAGGUCAGGUUUCAGUGAAUACGCAAAAACUCUUAGAACUGAAACUGUUGUCACGUUGUACAAUAUGUCGAUAAAUUCAGAUAAAGAGUUAAAAAAUAAUAUUAAAAAAAAAGAGUCAAAUUUCUGUGUAGUGAACACGGCCAGUUGAACAGAAAGUGAGCGGAGCUUUAACACCGAUAGAACGCUUCAAUUGAAGACACUGCCUCCUGCUGUACAGUAGACAAACUGUCACUGUGUAGCACUGUUCCAGUGUUUUAAUUAAUUAAUAAAUUAACAGGUGAACCUGCACCUAUCUGAGUCCACAUAGAUGGCGCUAUGGCAGGAGUGAGAGGGUGUAUUUAUUUUAUUUAUUUUUUUUCAUUUGUUCAGGCGGGUUCGACAAAUCAUGUAGUGUGUGUUAGUGUGUCACUGAGUCUUUUCAAAAAGUUGUGCAGUGAGUCCAGAGAUCUGUCUCCCUCACACGACAAGAAAAAUGUCGUUAUUGAAAUUCAUCUUUUACCCUUCAAAACUAAA